CAUUCUCCACUCUUUUCUUCUUCUUCCUCGGCUAUAAAACCAGAGUUAUACUGUUAUGGUCUUGGAUCUUUAGUUCUUUAUACAAAACAGAGUCUGUAGACAAUCAAAGAAGAAGACUCUGUUUCUCACACUCUCUCAAACCAUAGCCACAAUGGGUCAUUUCAUGACCACCGUUUCCUAUUUCGUCGUGCUCUUUAUAUCAGCAGUUUUAGCAGAUGGAGGUUUAGUAGGAGUGAACUAUGGUAGAAUAGCCAAUGAUCUACCUGAACCAACAAAAGUGGUGGAACUGAUGAAAUCUCAAGGAAUUAACAGAGCUAAACUCUAUGACUCUGAUCCAACAGUUGUUAAAGAUUUUGCUGAUUCCGGAAUCAAGUUAGUCGUUGCAAUCCCAAAUGAACUUCUUUCUUCAGUAGUAAAGAAACCAUCUUUUGCUAACUCAUGGGUUCAGGAAAACAUUGCUGCUCAUUACCCAAAAACCCAAAUCGAAGCUAUAGCUGUUGGAAAUGAAGUCUUUGUAGAUCCUGCAAACACUACCAAUUUCUUAGUACCCGCCAUGAAAAACAUUCAUUCAGCUCUGGUUAAGUUAAAUCUAGAUAAAGCUAUUAAAGUUUCAUCUCCUGUAGCUUUGAGUGCUCUUCAAAAUUCAUACCCAUCUUCAGCUGGAUCAUUCAAAACAGAGUUGAUCGAGCCUGUAAUGAAACCCAUGUUUGAAUUUCUAAGGUCUACUGGUUCUUACUUAAUGGUUAAUGUCUAUCCAUUCUUCGCAUACGCAGCAAAUUCUGAUGUUAUUUCAUUAGAUUACGCAUUAUUCAGAGAGAAUCCAGGUGUUGUUGAUUCAGGAAAUGGGCUUCGUUAUUUCAAUCUCUUUGAUGCUCAAAUUGAUGCCGUUUUUGCUGCAAUGUCUGCAUUAAAAUACAAUGAUCUGAAAGUGGUUGUUUCUGAAACUGGUUGGCCUUCCAAUGGUGACAAAAACGAGAUUGGUGCAUCACAAGAAAAUGCUGCUGAUUAUAACGGGAAUCUAGUCAAAAGGGUCCUCACUGGUGGCGGCACUCCAUUAAAAUCCAACUCAGUUCUUGAUGUUUAUCUAUUCGCUAUGUUCAACGAGAACCAGAAAACAGGUCCAACUUCAGAGAAAAACUACGGAUUAUUCUACCCAAAUCAACAGAAGGUCUACAACAUCCCAUUAACAGAAGAAGGUUUGAAAGCAUGGAAGGGUGGGAAAAGACAGUCAGCACCAGUGAGCGGUGGCGGGGGCGGAAACAAUAACAGUAGUACUAGUGGUGGUGGUAUUGGUGGUACUGGUGGGGUUUCCACAAGUUCUUCUGGACAUACAUGGUGCGUAGCAAAUGAUAAAUCCGGGGAAGAGAAAUUGCAGAAUGCAUUAGAUUAUGCAUGUGGUGAAGGUGGUGCUGAUUGUCAUUCAAUUCAGCCUGGCGCUGCAUGCUAUAGUCCCAAUACUCUUGAAGCGCAUGCUUCCUUUGCCAUGAAUAGUUAUUAUCAGAAGAAUAGCCGUGCGGUUGGUACUUGUGAUUUUGGUGGUGCUGCAUAUGUUGUCACUCAGACCCCCAAGUUUGGGAAAUGUGAGCUCCCCACGAACUAGAGAAGGAGAGGUUGAUGAUGAUUAUGGUAGUUGAGAAGAAUUGAUGUUUAGGGGGGAAUAUAUAUUUAUUUCUUAUAGUAAUUAUUAUUUUAGGGUUCGUGUUUCUUUCGUCUUAAAUCUAUAUCUAGUUGCAGAAGUAGUGGUUGGGAGUGGCAGUUGGGAAUUUAUUUGAUCUCUGUUCGUUUGUAAUUAUUCUUAUCUAUCUACGGUUCUAUACGAAACUAUCUUGCUUGUAGUGAGAGCUAAUAUAUAGAGUAUUUAUUUUCUUGCAGUAACCUUUGUCUAAGUUUGGAGUCUGAAAUCUCUUUAAUUAUUCUGACA